AUGUCCCAGCAACGGGAAGCGUACUCUCCUCCCCAUACACCUCCCUCCCAAACCGCGAGAUACAAUCCCUCCAAGCGUGCAUACCCAGCUCGACCAUCCAUCCGUGAUGCUUUCCCGGAAGCCAUGGAUAAUCCCACGAGAACCAGUGAGUCGGGAGAUGAUCGAGACCCGCAUGAUCUGUCUCUAUCCCCGCAACAUGCUACACGGACGUCAAUCGUCGACAACAUGCUUCUUUCGCUUGAUCAAUUCGCCCCUAGUUCGUCUGUUCUAGACGACUACCGGCUUUUCAACUCCGCCUUUGAAACCGACCAUCACAGUCAUUACUCGCAAGAAUCUGAUUCGCACGGCCGGUACCGCGGACACACAUUCUCCUCGUCAAUGUCCUCAGAACCAGACUACGGAUACGAAGAUGGGAAUGGUCGCUACGCAACAAUCACGGCGACCAAGGGCCGGCGCAGCAACAGCAGUUCUAAUCACCAGACGACACCGAGGCAGAUGGGAAGCUCGCGCGGUGGUACCGGAACCAUGCCACGAACAAACACUGCCCGAAAAGGCAGCAAAGGAAGCUCAUCCUCCACCGCGGAUUACUCAUACACAAUCCCCAGAGCACGAGCGGAUCAAGGCUUGGGCCGACGCUCAGCCAGCUUCGACUGUGGACCAAAACGAGCGUUCGCACCUUAUGCUGAUUCCAGUGUCGACCAGGACUCGACACUGUACGACGAUCACGAUGCUGCACCCACCCCGAGUGUCCCGGCAGGACCGCGAAAAGUUCACGAUUAUAGUAGGACACCAACAAUUGCUGCCGCGCGGACACCGGUAGCAUCGCGACGGAACAGUAUGAAAUCUGCUCAUGCCCCUCAGGUUCGAAAGGUUCGGCCUGAAAACAUCGGCACGGGGACUCUUAGAGCUCGGGACAACGACUUCCAAAAUAUGGAUGAUACGGAUCUUGACCCCCCUCCGGCCAUCACGGCUUCGUUGGACCCUCCUGCUCCUAGCCCGACCAUCUCCUAUAACAAGCCGGCUUUUCCUCCCCCAGAACCAACGGCAACUACCACGAUCUCGACCAACAACUCCACCACCGUCUCCACCAAUCAUCCUGCUCCAAGUACAAAAGAACGCCCAGGUUUCUUCCGACGUGUCUUCGGAUCUAAGAAUCCAGCCCCUGGACCGGCAGAUGCAGCAAGUAUAAACGCCAACGAUCUGUCACACCUACAAGAAACCGAGAGCAGAGAAACGAAUGGGACAACUGCCAGCCCAAAGGCAGGACCUCAGCAGGCAGCCAAGAGCUCUGCAGGUGUUUCUCCGUCCUCGAUUCGCACAGGACCCCAUCAGGUCGUGAACAAGAAAUCUUCGUUCUUCCGUAGAAGGAAGAGAUCAGUGCCUGAUCACGCUCCUCCACCAAUUGUAAUUCCUCAACAUCUUGCACCACAGACUAUGGAUACUAUAGCGGCUCCGAGUCCUGUGAGCAGCCUGCGGCAGGUCAUGAAUCCUUACCUCGAUGAGGAAUUGGACCGGAAAGAAAAUGCGGACUGGGAGGCCAAGAUUCGACAACCGGCAUUUUUGCAGGCGCAGAAGAAAAGAGAAAGUGUUUCAGCUCCUGGAGCUCCCAAAAUGAAGACUUCUCUUCAGCCCUCUGCUGCCUCUCGUGCUCAGGACCUCUCGCCCCUUGCACAGAAGGAUCGAUCUCCGAAUGGCGAAAUCUCCACAGACUUUGCUUUGCAGGAGAAGUCUCAGAAUGUUGCUGCCUCUGCUACUCUGUCCCCCGUUGUGGAGGAUUUCUCGCGCAACAUCAAAUCACAGGUCGAUGUUCCUCAAAUCAAUGUAGCCAGAUUGGGGCUUCCAUCUGAGGACAGAGUUUGCGAAUCUCCUGUUGAUUCUAUAUCGACAGCAUCAAACUAUCAGACCGCUGCGAACACCCCACUCAUUGAGCAGGAAGAGUCUCAACCAGCUGAUGACACCGAGGGUCAGACAGAUGGACCUGGCGAAGCUAUUGAAGAUGGACCCACAGCUGCAGACCGAGAACAAGCUCAAAGGCUCUUUGACAGCCAGGAUCAGGUGGUGGGUAACGAGCCUGCUGCCGCUUGGCUGGGUGACCCUGAUCGGGCAAUGGUUCGCGAAGCAUAUAUGCGACUGUAUAACUGGUCUAAUCUCAACAUUGUUGCCUCUCUUCGGGCUCUUUGUGAUCGCUUGGUGCUCAAGGGAGAAACCCAACAAGUGGAUCGAGUGCUGGAUGCAUUUUCGACCAGAUGGUGUGAUUGCAACCCGAGCCAUGGCUUCAAAGCUACUGAUGUUGUCCAUACCAUUUGCUAUUCUAUUCUUCUACUUAAUACUGAUCUGCACUUGGCUGACAUCGAUUCAAAGAUGACCAAAUCCCAAUUCGUUCGAAAUACCAUGCCCACUAUCCACCGAGUGGCAAUGGAUGCCGCACCGGAAGGAUUUGAGACUUUGCGUCCAAUCAACCGCUCCAAGACCCAACCCCAUGAAGCGCACUCUGCCCCUACAUCGGCACGCUCCGCAACUUUCCCCUCAGAGGUCGCCCACAGCUCGUUUGACAAAGAUGGCGAUGCCAAUGUUGAUGCUGGGCCUUUGGUUAACACGCCAUUCACCGGAACAGUGAGAGCCUGGGAGCAACAGGUUGAAGCGGUACUCAAGGAAUUCUACACAUCCAUCCAAAAGCAAAGACUGCCUCUGUUCGGUGCCCAACCAGAACGUGAAGUAUCUCGCAUGUCGUCCAACAACUUUUUGGGCCCCUCUAGCGGUACACUUCGCAGGAGUCCAAGCACAAUUAGCAAGAGUGGUUCCGAUAUCUUCCCUCGCGGUCGUUCAGCCAAUUCAAGCCAUGGAGCUGCGCGAUGGUCAUCCAAACCCCGCUCCCGAGCUGGAAGGCUUUAUCCUCCUUCGAUGAUGGGCUCCAGCCGUACCAGCCUAGACGACCAAUCAUCCGUCUGGAGUCCGACUGGGUCCAGUACAUGGAGUAAAUAUUCCUUGGGCAAGUUCACUUCAGCGUCUGUGGACUCUUUUGGCUCGGACUUCCCUCGCGGCGAAUACCAACAAUCUAUUGGUUUUGCCAAUGCUCUGAGUCAGGCCAUCAUUCGGGAGGACUCUGCUCCCUCAGUAUACAGCUAUGAGGAGCCUGAGCGAACGACCCCGCUGCUUGAAGACGACACGUUGGCUCUAGCCGGAGCCCCGUGGGCCAAGGAGGGAAGCCUAAAGCACAAGCAUCACCUAGAUGCGGUGGACAAACGGGCGAAGGACCGAAACUGGAAUGACUGUUUUGCGGUUAUACAGCAAGGCUGGAUGCGUCUUUUCUCGUUCAAUAACUCUACUAAGUCGAUGCGACAAAAGGCUAAACAGCCUGGAGGGGUUAUAGUUGGUGGUGGCAACUGGACGGAAAAUGCAGAAGAGCUUUGGAAGUUCAUGCUGCGCCAAACCAUCGCCAGUGCCUUACCAUCGCCUGGAUACUCCAAGUCUCGUCCUCAUGUCUGGGCCCUGAGCUUGCCCACUGGGGCGGUUCAUCUCUUCCAAGCUGGAACGCCUGAGAUUGUCCGAGAAUUCGUCUCCACAGCCAACUACUGGAGCGCGCGAUUGUCCAAGCAACCACUGGUAGGAGGAAUCAGCAACAUCGAAUAUGGAUGGAGUGACAGUGUCAUUAACAGCGCGCUGAUCGGCGGUGAAAGUCGAUCCCCGCCGCCUUCGUCGGGCGCACGACCGAGUAUUCAAAGCUCCAUCAGAAGCUCCAUGGAUCAUCAGGGUGUGCGACCCCGACUUCCCGCGGAUCGGGUCAACAUCAGUGACUGGAGCCCACCGCAGCAAAGCAUGGUCGCCUCCAAUCUGACCGAGGAGGAACAGUGGAAGGCCCUACAGGCCUACGUGCAGAACGUGGAAGCUGAUCUCUCUCGCCACAAUGAGCUGCGUUCCGCGAUGAACCUUGCAUUCUCUCCACGCCACCCCAACGCCGCUAAAGCCAUGGCAAACUGGGAACGGAAAUCUUCGUAUCUGUUGCGUGAGAUUGUUAAGUUCCGCACGUAUAUCGACUCCCUCCGCAACGCCAUCGGCUCUAAAGAGAGAAUUUUCGCUUCAACCAACCACUCCCAGGAGGGCGAAGAAGCAACCAUGGAGCCUACGGAGGCUGCAGCAUAA